UACAUGUGUAUUAUUUGAUGUGAAUGUGUUAUCAAUGAACUAAUAUCUGAUUGAGCGACAAAAUAAAUAAAUUUGGGUUAUCGAAAGUGUUACAGUGUUACAAAUUAUAACACUUUGUAUAUUUACUAUAGACAUCUUCGUGUCCAUAUCUAGGCCGUGUGAAUCUCUGAAUUCUUGACAGAAAAUUAAAUAAGACACGCAAUCAUGGACGAUGUAUUAGAUCAGUUUAAUAAAACUAGUUUUAUUGAUCUGUAUAAGCAAAAAGGGGAUAAUCAAGAGCAGAGAAGAAAAGACCUUCUUGAUGCUCAAAAAUCGCUGCGCAAUAAUUUAUUGGACACAUGUAGAGGAAUCUUGGGAUUAGUAGAUGAGACUGAAAAUGAAGAUGUCUUUCAAGAAAAAAAGGCUUUGUAUAAACCGAAGAUCUUUGUAGCUGGUUUCACUCGGUGCGCAUACAACAAUGUUUUAAUGCUUUCCGAGUGGAUGGUUGAGCAACCUGAAGAUUUCCACGAGAAUUGGUAUGUGGUACCAUGUCCUAAAGGUGUUAGGACACUUGUUGUGGCCAAUAGAGGUACGACGAAACUAUAUUCAAAGUAUGGUCAGUUUAGGGGUGAAUAUAAAACAGCUUUGCCUGGUGGUUCUGGAGCAUUGAAGAACCGAUGCUGUAUCCUGGACUGUUUCCAACCUGAGAACUCAAAUAUUCUGUAUGUUUUGGACCUACUGGCUUGGAAUACUCAGCCAAUGACUGACGGAGAGACACAAUUUAGACAUUUUUGGAUAGAAAGCCACUUCCGAGAGAUACCAGAGUUGGAGAGGAUAUCUAAGAAAAAUAAGUUAAUAUUCAAAAUAUUACCAAAAGUAUUAUGCACGCGGGAGAAUUUUAAUGAAUUUAUGAUGAAAGCACCACACUUUCCAAACUUCAAUCCCCCACUGGAUGGUCUACUCUUCUACCAUAAACUCGCACAUUAUUACUCUGGAGAGACGCCGCUGGUCGGCUGGAUCUACCCUUAUAUGGUGCCAGAAGUAUUUGGAAAAGAUAUCAAAAUAAAUCCAGUGUACAACUUGGAAAAACCUGUUAACUAUGUGAACCAAGCAGAGUUCAUAGCUCGUUUUAAUGAGACGUAUAAAAAACGGACGAAGAAACUCCGAAAUUCUGAUCUACCAAUGGAAACUAUGACUGGCGAAAAUGAAAAUGACAAUACAAAAUCCGAGUCCCAACCAAUGGAUCAGUUAGCCCCAUCAGAAAAGCCUGCAUCUGAAUGUGAAUCUAAUAUGGAGUAAGAAUAAGAACCAAAAUGGUUUGUGUUAAGUUAUUAUUGUUGAAAUAUAUUUCAAGCAAUAUUCUUUAGAUUUUCCUAAAGGAGUCUCGAGUGUUUAAGUAGAUGUACUAGUCUUUAAGUAUAUGACGUGUCUUAAGGAAGUGUUAGGAGCGAAUUUAUUGUGUGAUUUAUGAAUAACUAUCAGUUAUUGGGCUUUGAAAUAUAUCAUUAAAUGUCUAUUCAAUAUCUUACGAUCUUACUAUACCAGUGCUAUGCGUAUAAAAUAAAGCAAAUUCGUACUACGUACCCACAAGCUUGCAACUAUACAAUAGUUUUUUUUAGUAUAUUUUGGUAUGAAGAUCUUUGAUAUCAAAUAGAAGUUCUUAUUAUAUCGUAUAAUGGGGCACAAUAGCCUUAUGGACCUAAAACUACACUAGCGCCACCGAGUUGUCCUGUAUUUUAAAAAUGUUCCUGUAUUUCUUUUUUGUAUAUCACCGUUCGUUUAGGAAUCACAUCAUAAAUUCGUUUCUUUUAAAGGAUUUUGCACUAUUUCUUUGUGAAUGCAGUGCGAAAUAAACUAAGGUGUGAAUGGAAUAACAUUGUGUUAUUGUAUAUGGCUGUUAUUUAAAUGGUGAUAUAUUUUUAAGUAGACAUAAUGUUUAUGUUAAUAUUUUUUAAAUGAAAACCACCUGUUGUUUAUUAUAUUGCUAUUGUGUAAAUUAUAAUGAGGGCUAUUGCUCUUGUGCCCACUAGAUGGCGUUGUUCUAUUGUUUUUAUUUGUUCCUAUUAUCGCUUAAGAUUCGUUAUUUAUAAUGAAUGAGUGUAUGACGAUUAAAUACAUUUAUAGGAUCAAUUUAACUUACAAAAAGGAUCAACGGCCUGUAACAUAUAUUGUCACGUCAUGUAGCAACUACCAUCCAAAUAAAAUCUGAAUAUCUCUAGUUUGUAUGAAAUCUGAGUAUAGGUAUAACGCACCAAUGAUUAGAGUUCAUUAAUAAGAUAAGUAUUUUAAUUUAUUUCUAGUAAGCGAUCUUAGUAAUAAAUUGAUAUUUGUACUCAUAUCUCUGAAAUAAGACUUCAAUUUAUUAUACUCAAAAGUUUGUAAUACUAUACGAUACGCUGGCAAUAAACACAUUAACAGGAAA